AUGAACGCGUGUUCGUGUUCGAGUGAAACGGUACCAGUGGACGUGCCUCGUCCACCACCCCCGCUCUGCACCAGCACCAGUCUCGAUACGAUUGUAAAUCGCCCACAACCAGUCCUGUAUCGACACUCAGCUGGUGUAUCUCGGCGACAAAGCCGUGUACUAUCAACGUUGCAGUCGAAAAGAAAACGCAGUAAUUCGCUGACGAACUACCAGAAAACACCUGGUACAUCAGUUUCACUACCGCCGUCUGCUCGACAGACACCAAUGCGAUUCGGCGAUGAUGAUCCUCACAGAAGUUCACUUGGCUCAUCCGACUCUCAUUCUUCUGUAGCCCGAAGCGAAGAUAAUUCAGUACCGGAUACGGCGCCACCACCUUCUAAAAUUACCUCGCUUCCGGCGAACUUCAACCCCUAUUUGACGUACCGCAAUCACGACGAUCUUUUGCUAGACACCGGUGAAACCCAAGAGAAAAACUUGGAAUUUGGUCAUGCGAGAAACUGCUGUGAGCACGAUCUAUAUUAG